AUGGAUUCGGAUCAUCGUCUCAAGGCCUAUCGCUUCGUUGCCUAUUCGGCUGUCACAUUCUCGGUCGUUGCAGUACUCUCAGUCUGCAUCACACUUCCGUUGGUCUACAACUACGUGAGCCAUGUGAAGCAUUCGGUGAAGAGCGAAAUCCGAUUCUGCAAGAGUUCUGCUAAUGAUAUCUGGGGUGAGGUGACGCAUUUGAAGGCGCUCCCCCCUGGAAACAGAACUGCUCGUCAAGCUGGUUAUGACGAAGGAGUAAGAGGUGGUGGUGGAGGUAGCCAAAUCGGUGGAGGUGGUGGCGCAGGAGGAGGAGGUGGAGCAGCCGGAGGGGGAGGUGGUGGUGGAGGUGGAAGCUGCAGCGGUUGUUGCAGUCCAGGUCCACCAGGAGGUGCAGGAACCCCAGGACGACCAGGAAAGCCAGGAAGACCUGGAGCGCCAGGUAUGCCAGGAAAUCCGGGAAGAUCAACAGGAGACUGUAACCCAACAACUCCUCCACCAUGUCAGCCAUGUCCCGAGGGGCCACCUGGACCACCUGGAUCUCCUGGACCCCCAGGAGAC